GCGGAGGAGUCAGGAUACGAAGUUGGAAAGGAACGCUUGGAGGUGCGAGCCAGAGCCAUGUCUCUGCGUGGCGAGGUGCCCGUGGUACCGUCUCUGCUGUCCAUGGUGGCGGUGUUCAUGGCGGUUGCGGCGAUGGUAGCGACGGCUGAUAUGUUCCGACCGGGAAUCGUGCAGCAAUACGACGACGAACACAUCAUCUCUCGACGCAGCCAGGUGUGCAGCGACAAGCAGACGGCCGACGUCUACCUGCUGGUGGACGGCUCCACCAGCGUGGGGGCCGGCAACUUUCAGCUGGUGCUCAAGUUCCUCGCCAAGCUGGUGGACAAGCUGGACAUCGGCAAGGACAAGGUCCGCGUGGGCAUGGUGCAGUACAGCGGCGACAUGAGGAGCCCCAAGAUCAAGACGGAGUUCGACCUGGGGCAGUACGCGGACAAGGGGAAGCUCAAGGACGCCAUCGAGGGCACCAAAUACAUGCGCGGAUUCACGUUCACCGGAGCGGCGCUGCAGCACACUCUGCAGCUCUUCAAGAGCCAGGGACGCCCCGGCGUCGGCAAGAUCUUGGUGCUGGUGACAGACGGCGAGGCCAACGACAAGGUGAAGGACCCCUCAGACGAGGUGAAGUCGAGCGGCAUCGUCCUCUUCUCCGUGGGCGUGGGCAAGGCGGACCGCAAAGAGCUGGCCAUCAUGGCGUCUCCACCUGUCGACAAGCACAUGUUCCACGCCACCGACUUCACAGGCCUCGACUCCAUCAUCACGGCGCUCACCUCCACCGUCUGCACCGCCGCGCAGGAGGCCAAGGUGGCGGUGCCGGUGACUGCGGCGACCCAGGCCGUCGCCUUGCCGAGUAAAGUGUGCAGCGACAAGCAGACGGCCGACGUCUACCUGCUGGUGGACGGCUCCGGCAGCGUGGGGGCCGGCAACUUUCAGCUGGUGCUCAAGUUCCUCGCCAAGCUGGUGGACAAGCUGGACAUCGGCAAGGACAAGGUCCGCGUGGGCAUGGUGCAGUACAGCGGCCCCAUGAUCAAGACGGAGUUCGACCUGGGGCAGUACGCGGACAAGGGGAAGCUCAAGGACGCCAUCCAGGGCACCAAAUACAUGCAAGGAGCCACGCUCACCGGAGCGGCGCUGCGGCACACUCUGCAGCUCUUCAAGAGGCAGGGACGCCCCGGCGUUGGCAAGAUAUUGGUGCUGGUGACAGACGGCGAGGCCAACGACAAGGUGAAGGACCCCUCGGACGAGGUGAAGUCGAGCGGCAUCGUCAUCUUCUCCGUGGGCGUGGGCAAGGCGGACCGCAAAGAGCUGGCCCUCAUGGCGUCUCCGCCCGUCGACAAGCACAUGUUCCACGCCACCGACUUCGCAGGCCUCGACUCCAUCAUCACGGCGCUCACCUCCACCGUCUGCACUGUCGUGCAGGAGGCCCAGACCCCGACGCCGACGCCACCGCCCGGUCCGUUCGCCAAGCUGGACGUGAUCUUCGCCAUCGACGGCUCGGCCGGCGUCGCGGCCGCCGACUUCACGCUCAUCAAGGGCUUCGUCGCGCAGAUCGUGCAGGGCCUCAGCGUCGGGGCGGCACAGGUUCGCGUGGGGCUGGUGCAGCUGAGCGGCAAGCAGAGCUCCGAGUUCAAGCUGGGGCAGUUCUCCAGCCAGCAGGAGGUGGUCGCCGCCGUGGGGAAGGUGUCCGCGCACGGUGGCAGCAGGGCCAUCGGCGCCACCGUGCAGUUCGUGCUCGCGACCGCGUUCUCGCAGGCAGAGGGCGGCAGGGCCGGAGAUGGAGUCCCGCAGGUGCUGGUCAUCAUCACGGGCGGCGCAUCGUCUGACGCCGUCGCCCAGUACCGUGGGCUGAUGCGAGCCCAAGGGGUGCGCUCCUUCGUCGUCGGCAUCGGCGCCUUCCAACUGCUCGACCUGCAGCGCCUGCCCAGCGACCCCAUCGGCAUGCACCUCUACGCCGUGGGCGGCUACGGGCAGCUGUUGGGCAUCGCCGGCCAGGUCACAUCCGUCAUCGUCAGACCAGCGAUUUCCCUGGACUUGGUGUUCAUGGUGGACGGCUCUCUGGGCACUGCGUGGGGGGCCGUCAGGGCCUUCGUGUCCCACCUGCUCCUCUACGUGCAGGGCGGUGGAGGUGUCCUGCGCGUCGCGUUUGUCCAGUUCGCUGGCGAUGUCACCGUUGAGCUCUACCUGGACCAGGGCACGGACGUGGCUGCGGUGCUCGCCAAGCUGCAGUCUGUGCAGCAGCUGUCAGGCGCCGGCGGACGCAACCUGGGCAAGGCGGUGAGCUUCGUGGGCGGCACGGUGCUGUCGGCGGCCAAGGGCGGGCGCGGCGACGCCGGCGUCAACCAGGUGGUGGUGCUGUUCAUGGCGGGCCCCUCCACGGACGAGCCGUCCCAGGCGCUGUACGCGCUCAAGGCGUCCGGCGUGCGGGUCCUGGCGCUGGACCUGGGCGGGCUGGCACUGGCUCAGCUGGGCGGCCUCGUUAGCACGCCCUUCAAUCUGCACUACUACAAGCUGUCGGGCGGUGCGCAGGUGCUGCCACUCGCAUUGGGCAGGAUCCUCCACACCUCGCUCUAUACAGGCGUGACGCGCGGCGCCCAGUACGCCGACAUCGUCUUCUACCUGGACAGCUCGGCCACGCUGGGCGAGGCCGGCUUCGUGUCCCUCAAGGCGUUCCUCGUGCAGGUGCUCUCCUACCUGCAGGUGGGGCGCUACACGGUGCGCGUGGCGGUCGUGCAGGUGGGCGGCGCGCCCGUCGCCGCCUUCCAGUUCGACGCGUACUCCGAGAGGAGCACCCUCGUUGCUGCCAUCUCCCAGCUCAAGGCCGUGGGCGGGGCCAGGAACGUGGGCGCGGCGCUCUCCUUGGGCUACAUGACCUACUUCUCGCAAGCAGUCGACGCUGGCAUACAGCGUACCCAGGUGGGGAUCCUGCUGACGGGCGGAGCGUCGGCCGACAACGCGGCCAAGGCUGCGGCGCAGCUCCAGGCGAACGGCGUGCGCCUCUUCGUGGUGGGCGUGGGAUCCGGCGUGGACCAGGCCCUGAUCCAGGGCGUGGCGUCGUUCCCGUACGCUCUGCACUCCUUCACGGUGACGGACUACAUGGGGCUCAGCAACGUCGUCGUCACCAGCCUCGUCAAGUACAUCUUCCGGCCCGCGGUCUCCGGCGACCUCGUGUUCCUGAUCGAUGGCUCGACAAGUGUGGAGCAGCAGACGUUCCACUUGAUCAAGAAGUUUGUCGAACGGAUCAUCACCCAUUACUACUACAUAGGGGGCUCUCUGCGGGUGGCCGUCUACCAGAUCGGCGGCGCGGGCCGCCUAGAGGUACCUUUGGGCAAUCAGAACGACGUCGACAGCCUCAAGCAGACCAUCGUCAACAUCCAGAAGGUCUCGGGGCCACGGAACCUGGGUGCGUCGCUCACCUACGUCCUUAGCAACAUCUACAAGGAAACCACCACCGCCAAGCUCUCCCAGAGCAUCUUCAUCAUUUCCGGGGGGAAGUCGGACGAUGACGUGACGGGGGCGGUGCAACUGCUGCGAGAGCGCGGGAUCACGGUGACGGGUGUGGGCCACAAGUCGUCCCAGCUCGACACCGUCGUCAGCACCUCGUCUCACUGGUUCCAGUUCACGGAAUCCAGCACCAUCCUCAACAGCUAUUACAAGAUCAUCAGCAGUCUCUUCUUCACGGUGCCUGUCGUCCCGAUACCCAAGACCACGCAGGCUCCCACGACCACUACCACAACCACAACGAAGCCUGCUCCUGUCACCACGGUCGUUCCAGUGACUGUUCCGUCACCAUAUAACAUCGACAAUCGCUACGGUGACGUGGUGUUCGUGGUGGACGGAUCUUCCGGCAUCUCGGCGGCCGACUUCGGGACCGUGCGGACGAUCGUCUCCCAGAUAAUUGCGGGGCUGCAAGUGGGGCCGGACAACACGCGUGUUGCGCUCGUGACCAUUGGGGGCACUCCCAAAGUGGACAUCUUCCUCAACUCGUUCUCCGGAAAGGCCGAGCUGCUGACGGCCGUAGAAAAGUUGGCGCCGGUUGGAGGGCCGCUCAAUGUGGGCUCAGCUCUGCAGCUGGUGGUCAACAGUGUCCUCAAGCCUGAGAAGGGCUCCCGCAUUCAGCUUGGAGCUCCCACGAUGCUGGUGACGAUCCUUGGCGGCAAACCAGCCGACGAUGUAUCGGGGUCGGUGGUGACACUGAAUGGGCUGGGGGUGCGUCACGUAGUGCUGUCGGGCGGGUACCAGGACACAAAGGUGCUGAACAGCAUCGCCACCUCCUCGCGCCUUGUCAAGACCUGGUCCUCAUUCCAGUCCAUCCUCAACUUCAACCUGGGCCAGUUCGUCUACAAGACAAAGGAAAAGGCGAGCGUGGUGUUUGUGGUGGACACAUCGACCAUCACGGCCGAUGAGCUCAAGGUGGUGAAGACAUUCAUCGUGGGCAUUGCCCAUCAUCUGAACCUGGCACCCAACAGCGUGCGGCUGUCCGUCGUGAGCUACGGAGCCAACUACCAAAAGCUGGUGGGUCCGGCAGAGAUCAACUCGCCCAAGGACCUGGAGACCAAGCUGGGCAGUGUCCUCGUGCCCACGAGCGGCACCACAAACACUGGCAAGGCCCUCACCUACACCAUCACCGAUCUGCUGGCCAAGGAGCCUGCAGAUGUUAGCAAGAGCGUGGUGCUGAUAACGAGCGGACCUUCGAGUGACUCCGUGGCCCCCAUCCCGGAGCUGCUGCAGAAGAACGUGGUGAGCCUGUUUGCAGUGGGCGUGAAGUCCAGCGACCUCAAGCAGCUCCAGACCCUCGUCUCCCGCGGAGGAUACUACUACCAGCUCUCAGACUACUCACUGCUCUCAAUGAUCCAGAGCCAGAUCAUCAUCAAAGCCCUCUACCUGCCUGCCAUUCAACAGGCCAUCACAACUACGGUGGUGACAACCGGGUUCCAGUACAAGUUGGUGCCAGGAAACCGUGAUGCGGACGUCGUGUUCAUCGUGGACGGCUCAUCCGAGGUGUCGGACGCCAACUUCGCACUAGUGCGGACGAUCGUCUCCCAAAUAAUCGCGGGGCUGGACGUUGCGCCAGGAUGCGACUCGCGUCGCACUGGUCACCGUCGGGGGCACACCCAAAGCGGAUAUCUCAUUCAACUCAGUUCCCUGGAAAGGACGAGCUCCUGGCCGCGGUGGGAAAGCUGGCGCCGGCUGGGGGACCGCGCAAUCUGGGAGCGGCUCUGCAGCUGGUGGCCAACAGUGUCCUCAAGCCUGACAAGGGCUCGCGCAGUCAACUGGGCUCUUACCACGAUCGUUUACACAAUACUGGGUGGCAAGCCCGCCGACGAUGUGACCGCGGGAGCAACCCUGCUGCGUGGUAUGGGCGUGCUCGUGUCGGCGUUCGGAGCCGGCUACCAAGACUCCAGUGUGCUGUCCAGCAUCGCCACCUCCAGCUCACAGGUGUUAACCUGGUCCAGCUUCCAGGACCUGGUCACCAAGAGCAGCUCCCUCACGGGGAACAGCCUCUACCUGCCGAAGAGGAAAGCAAGUGUGACGUUUGUGGUGGACACAUCGAGCACCAUCACGGUGGAUGAGCUCAAGGUGGUGAAGACAUUCAUCGUGGGCAUGGCCCAUCGCCUGAACCUGGCACCCGACAGCGUGCGGCUGUCCGUGGUGAGCUACGGAGCCAACUACCAAAAGCUGGUGGGUCCGGCAGAGAUCAACUCGCCCAAGGACCUGGAGGCCAAGCUGGACAGUGUCCUCGUGCCCACGGGCGGCGCCACAAACACUGGCAAGGCCCUCACCUACACCAUCACCGACCUGCUGGCCAAGGAACCUGCAGAUGCCACCAAGAGCGUGGUGCUGAUAACGAGCGGGCCUUCCAGCGACUCCGUUGGACCCAUCGCAGAGCUGCUGCAGAAGCACGUGGUGAGCCUGUUUGCGGUGGGUGUGAAGUCCAGCGACGUCAAGCAGCUCCAGACGCUCGUCUCCCGUGGAGGAUACUACUACCAGCUCUCAGACUACUCUCUGCUCUUCCGGCUGCAAGGCCAGAUGGUCAACAAGGCCCUCUACCUGCCUGCAAUUAUUGAAAAGGACAUGUUGCUUUUCUCUUCUCCCUUCUCCAUGGACCCUAAUAAUGCUACUCCAAAGCUGCAGCUGGAGCUCAUUGAGCUGCAGUGUGACGAUGAGUGGCGCGGAAAACAUCAGCAGUGUUCUCUUGUUGACUUUUACCGGCAGCUGGACAAAAGCAGUCGUCAAGACUGGUAA